AUGAACGCGUCUGAAGGAUUAGUGGUGCUGAACCGGACACUCAGCUCUCCAGACCGGGGUCAGCUGGACGGAGCGAGAAGCUGCUGUAACUUUUCCUCCUCCACCGCGGCUGCGUCCGUUACCGGAGGAGAUCCGUUCCUGCACGAGCGCCUGGUCCAGAUCGCUGUGGUGUGCGUGCUGUCUCUCACCGUGGUGUUCGGGGUUUUCUUCCUCGGUUGUAAUCUGCUGAUUAAAUCAGAGAGCAUGGUGAACUUAUUAACGGAGGACCGCAGACCGUCCAAAGAAGCGGAUCUCAUCACUGCUGCGUAA